UACAUGUUAGCUAAAAGGCUAUUAUGAAUCCUUUGCUCAGUGCUGCCAGACGUUUUGCAGAAGAUGGAGGAGUUUCUCCGCUCAGCACCAAGACCAAUGACAACACCAAUACCAACACCAACUCCAAGACCAAGACCAAGACCAGAACCAACACUAUCACCAGCACCAACAGCAGUUCCAGCACCAGCAACAGAAGACCCAUCACCAGCUCCAGGUCCAUCAUCAGCAUCAGCAACAGAGGCCCUGGGCCACUCUGUCAUUCCAAAAGGACUUGUGGAGCGCUGCUCCUUCCAAAGCCCCCAGAAGUUCAUAAAUGAUCUCCUACAUGGGAUGUAUACCAGAGAAUAUAUGGCAGGCCAUUCA